AUGGAAAAAAAUUCUUCUUUGCAGCAAAAGAUGACAUCUACAUUUUUGCUCAUUGGUUGUCUCAUUCUACUGAUACCUCUGUUCAGUGCUGAAGAUUGUGUUAUUUGUGAUUACUUUGUGCUUCUUGGAGAGCCUAUAGCUGUUAGCUGCCCACUGGCUACACUGCCAGAGCUUCACUCUGAUUACAAUCUGACGUGGUACAAAAAUGGUAGUGCCACAGCAGUGAGCACAGAGAGGCAUGCCAGGAUCCACCAGCGAGAGGACUUGCUCUGGAUUAUUCCUGCAACACUGGAAGAUUCAGGACCUUAUGAAUGUGCUGUAAGGAGCCUUAACCACUCUAAUAAAAAAACUGUGCAUUUAACAGUUUUUAAGAAUGAUAACGAUUUGUGUUUUAAUGGAAAAAUGAAGUUCCAACAAAAAGUGAUGAGCCCAAAUACUGGAAAGAUUAUAUGCCCUGAUCUAGAACAUUUUAAAGAUGAAGACAAUAAUUGGCCUGAAAUACAUUGGUAUAAGGAGUGUAAGCCUGGAUUCCUUGAAGACAAGCGACUCGUUUUGAUCGAGGGUGGGAACAGUGUCUUGAUUCACAACGCCACUGUGGCAGACAGAGGAAACUACACCUGCAGGAUGGUUUACACACACCUGGGAAAACAGUACAAUGUUUCACGAACCAUGAGUCUAGAGGUUAAAGAACAACCACUGCAGAUGAGACCAGAGUUUAUUUAUCCGAAGAACAACACCAUUGAAGUAGAACUUGGCUCUCAUGUAGUUAUGGAAUGUAAUAUAUCAAGUGGCAUAAAUGGUUUGAUUCCAUUCUGGCAAGUUAAUGACGAGGAUGUUGAUUAUUUUGAUAGCACCUACAGGGAACAGUUUUAUGAGUAA